GGUAGGUGGGAGAGGGGGUUUGGGAGCGCGCCGCGCUAACCUCUCUGCUACUGGCUCCAUCCACCGUCCGUCCACCCAUCGAUCAAGUCCUGUGUUGCACUCUGGGGUACGAGAAUCCAGUGCGAGAGUUCGACUGGGCCAAAAAGGAGCUGUUCUUCAUGCAUUAGAGCAUAAGGAAGACUUUGAAGAGAUUCAUUCGUCUUGGAGAAAGACGGCGAUCUUUACCAUCAACUCCAAGUCGAAGUAGUCGAAUCUCCUCGAAGUUGUGCACCAGAACGAAGCGAGGAACUUGGAGGAAAAGGAGGAGAGACGGAGGAGGUAGAUGAGGAGGUGGAGGCCCGGGAUACAGUAGCGAGGCAACAUUGGACAAGUGCUGAGUGUAUGUAGGUAGUAGUUGUUCAUGUUAGUACAGUGCAUUGGAGAACAAGUACAACGACGACUUGGAGCAGGGCAGCUUUUGCUCCAUUGAUCAUCUUCAUUUUCUGGCCUAGAGUGUUCAAGAGCAACUUCCAACAUUUGCCAUGAAUGCAACAACACUACAGAAUUGAGUGAGAGGCACUUCAUUCAUACAUACAUACAGCCUUGUACACAAACACUCCAGCGGACGAAUCCACCAUUGCAUUCUGACAUAACGGAUCGAGAGAGGUGUGGUCAAUGUCGAAGGCCGACGGGAAAGUGGAACAACACGGCAACGAAUGAGAAAGACAGGGCAAGAGAGACGCUUCUCUCUGGGUCGGCCUUUUUGACGACAAUGAACAGAUGUCUUUGGGAUUGCCCUCAGUAGACAACGCUGUGUCUAGUAGGCCUUGCGGUGAAUAAUUGGGGUUGUGGACUGAUCCCGACGUUGCAGUUCCCCCGGGUCCCACUCCAGGUAUGGUGCUACAGAUAUGGUCAGGGAAACAGCAUCCCCAAGGUAGUGCCACUAACCAAACCAAUCAGACCAACGACAAUUCGAGCGCCCAAGAAGCCAACGGAAGGAUGCCUGGGACGUCAACCCAGAGCAACAGCAGUACUACCAUGGGAGCAAACGGGAACGAAAUCGCCAAAACCCCGACAAAGAAGCGAGGUCUAUCACUCUUCAAAUCGAAGCUCUUGGGCGGUGGAGGCUCAUCAAGUGGAAAAGCUCAUUGCAAGACCUGUAAGAAGAAGUGCUCUGGCGAGGUACUUCGGGUCAACGAGUUUUACUUCCAUUCCCAGUGCUUCCGGUGUAAAGGGUGCUCGAAAUCGUUAUCUCAAGGCGGAUUCUUUACCAAGAGUGGGGAUUAUUAUUGUGCCUCAUGCUAUCAGAAAAACUUUGGCACCAAGUGCACCCGAUGUGGCUUGUAUGUGGAAGGUGAAGUGGUGACAGCCUUGGGGAAAACUUAUCACCAGAAUUGUUUCACGUGCGCAGGAUGUCGAGAGCCAUUUCCAACAGGCGAACGAGUCACCUUCACCGGAAAGGCCUGUUUGUGUCAAAGAUGUGUGAGGGCCGGAAAGGACUUGGAUAAUGCAUUAGAAGAUCUCACCAAUAGCAUAGCGGAUAUCAAAACCACCAAGGUGGCGGCUCCCUCCUCUCUGAACAACUCGGUUACCAAUGGCCGAACUCCAGCCAUGACAGCCACCCAAACUGCCACGGGGGGCACUGGCCUCGCGGGGGACGACACUUGUGCCGGGUGCAGUGAAGAACUUCGAGAUGGACAAGCCCUCAUGGCCUUGGAUAAACAAUAUCAUGUUUGGUGCUUCAAGUGCAAGGCAUGCAAUGCUCUGCUCCAUGGGGAAUACAUGGGCAAAGAUGGCCAUCCCUACUGUGAGCGAGAUUAUCAACAGCUUUUUGGAGUCAAGUGCACCUACUGCCGCCGUUUCAUAUCGGGAAAGGUUUUGCAAGCUGGGGACAAUAAUCACUUCCACCCAACGUGCGCACGCUGUACCAAGUGCGGCGAGCCGUUUGGGGAUGGCGAGGAGAUGUUUCUCCAAGGGGCUGCCAUUUGGCAUCCGAGAUGCGGCCCAGGCCCUGACGAGAAUGGUGGGGUGUUCAUAAGCAAUGGUUUUGAAAAUUCUGGCAUGGACGCCGCCGAUCGUGCUUCUGUGGCCAGUGGCACCUUUUACGGCUACUCUAGGGCCAGCAGCCCAGGGGCCUCGCUUCGCUAUGGUUAUGAAACCCCAGGAAGUGUCGUGGGUGGCGGUGAAGGCGUUGGGGGUCAUGGAAGUCGUGCUUACUCUGCAGCAGGGGGAAGGUUUUCUCGCUCCACAACACAUGUGCCUGGCUGGGGUCCACUUUAUGGUGGACAUGGCAUGUACAGCAGCUCUUCCACAUACAGCUUGCGUCGACCCAUUGAACCCGGCGAUCGGAUUGGAUCCAUGGCAAGCAUCAAUCAUUUCCACGUGCCUCCACAUGCUCGUCGUGGCUCUUCAGUGUCGCGACAUGCCCGUGAAUCAGGAAUGGCCACACCCGUGCAUCCCCAGGCAAGUACGGAUCAAUUGUCAGCUUCCCAACAUCACCGCCCGAUCUCAUGCCCUCCCAAGCCUGGCUACACCCACGCUAUGAGGGCUUCCACACUGCCAGGGGGCUUUAGCACCAGUAUGACGCCAGGGCCCGGAAUGCACUUCAAUGACGAUGGGGUGUCUCAAGCCUCCUUUCGGACUGAUAUGACCGAUCAAACAGCGGGAGGGUUCAUUCGCGGUAGUAGCACCUAUAGCCAUGGCUUCUAUCCCGGAACAUCACGCUCGCUGUUCAACAGCGGGCGGGACACGCCCACUUCCGCCAUCCCUGGUGCAUUUUCCGGUGAAUACAAGAUCUAUCCUCUGCACAUGCUCUUCACUAAUAACUACAAGAUUCCCCCAGAUGUGGAUCGAUGCAGCCUGGAAAAGCACUUGUCCGACGCGGACUUUGCCAUGGCAUUCAACAUGCCUCGCGAAGACUUUUACCGUCUACCAAAGUGGCGGCGAAACGACUUGAAGAAGCGACUCAAGCUUUUCUAAACCAGGUCUAGAAAAAGCACUCGCUCACAUCACAAAUUAAGCAUACAAUAUACCGUAGGUAGGCAAGAUUGAGCAUCACUGCCGGGCCCCACACCCAACUCCAAAGCAAGCGAGAGUGUCCACGUUUUUUUUUUUUUUUUGCUUUUUAGGAAAUAAUGCCAAUGCGUCCUUUGUACCUUCUCGGCAUGAUACAGGCGCGUUCAAGUCAAAAUUUAUGCAAAUUUCUGUUCUGGUCACCGAAACUGCUUUUUUUUUUAAAUUCUCAUUUGUCUCAAUAUUGUUUCUCCCCUCACCUUUUUAGUCAAGUGAUGUGACGCCAAAGAGCUGUUUGAAGCCGCCUGACAUGGUUUACUUGAAUAUUUGUAAAUCUCCAAUUAUCUCAUGCUCUUUUGUUUAUGCCCUUCAAAUUGGCAGCUACUAACAACCAUAUGACGUUCUGUUAAGCAUUUAAAUUUUAGAUAUUUACCAAUUCGCCCGUAUAAUGUGAUCAUUGAUGCUAGCUAGCAACUCGACAACGUGUACAUA